AUGGCUUCUGAGGUGCUGUAUAAAGUGGGUGAUGGGAAGGAGACCAUGCUGAAGAAGGAAAACCUCCAUGUCUUGAACGCAUUGGAGCAUAUGCCGAAGCAAUUCUCCAGCCCCAAGCUUAUGAACAGGACCGUCACUACCAAGGGUCUCCCGCUUUCCUCACGGGGCAGUUUGGUGAACUGCUCAAAAGAAGCUUCCAUCAGUCCGAAACCGAUACCCCUGGCAGACUCAGAGUGCAGCUCUGAUGACACCAGCAUCUCCCCACUCUCGUCCUCCUUGAUAAAUCCCAUCAAACUGGCCGUCACGCAGACCAACAGCAGCUUCUUUGCAGGCAUGCUAGAAGGCGAGCUCAACAAACUCAGCAUCAACUCUCUGGCCAAGGAAACAGAAAAGGAGGACCUGGCUCUCUGUCCCCACCCAUCCAAGUCCAAAAUCGCCCCUGGGGGCCUGCUGGACUUGGACAACCCCGAGGUGGACACAGACACUUCAUCAACACUCUCAGAUUCCACGGUGGUCAUGGAUGUGCCAGAGGCUCCCUUCAUCUGUGAACACACCGUCAGUGACUCCACAGCUGUGAUAUCCUGGACCUAUGCAGUGGGCAAGCAGCAGGUCAGCUUCUAUCAGGUCCUGUUGCAGGAGGUGACCAGAAAAGAUGAUGAGCAUGUCAAGGCCAAGAACCACCCAUGGAUCUUCAACAAGAUCUUGGGUACCACGGUCAAGCUGAUGGAGCUGAAGCCGAACACGAGUUACUGCCUCACUGUCCGAGCAGCCAAUUCAUCUGGGGUGGGGAAAUGGUGCAAACCCUAUAAAUUUGCAACCGUGGCCACUGAUUUGAACAGCUUCCCAGAAAACAACCCAAUCCAGAUCACCGUGCAACGGAAGGAACCCCAGCGGAAAACCGUGUCCAUUGGGCCUCAGGACAUGCGGAGGCUAGAGGACCUGGAAUACCUGUUUCCCUACUAG